CUGAUUUCAAACAGUAAUAAACAACAAACAACUCAAAAAAUCAUCGAAGUUGUGCUCGAGGGCAUCCGAAAAUUUCCUGUUUUAUGAAUUCAUUGACGCGACUAAAUAUAACUCACAAUAGGACCUGCAGGACCCUCAUUUCGGAAGAAGUCGCACACGGCUCACUACGUUCGGCGCAUCCGCACCCCAUUGGCUGGUCGGCACGUCCCCCAAAGCGCCAGCCAAUGAAGCGACGCAGAGCUUUGAAAGCUCCGUCUAGGAUUGGACCAUCCCGAAGGUUUCAAUUGAGCUCGUUAAAUAUAAAUUGACUAAAAUAAUAAUGUCAGAAGUCAGUUUAUCUGGUUAACCGAAGCCUGUAGCAAUUGUUCGAUUAAAAAAAUUAGUGCUAAAUUGAAAUAGAUUGCUCUGAUUGCUGCGAUCAAUUAAAACAAUGGAAGGUGCUCCGUUCGACGAUCAGACCUUCGGAGAUUACAAUAACCAGCCUCUUCCGUCGCUGGCCUCGACUUUGCUGAACAAAAAUCAGGAAAACCUCAAUGUGCACUCGAUCCAGGUGAUGCUGGGGCUGCAGCAGCAGCAACACGACAUGUUCGGCGGCAUGGGAUCGCCCAUGGAGUACAAGGGCUCCCCGCAGAAGAUGGAAGGGUCUCCUCCGCUGCACCACCAGGAGUUGGCAAUGUAUUCGCCGAGCUUGGAGAACGUCAACAACGGUGCCAAUGGGGUGAAGAGAAAGACCGAGGACGUGGUGCUGCUACAGUCGCAGAAUCUGAGUUCGAGCGAGAUCGGGAGCACGCAGGCGACGACGACCAAGAAGAACGACAAGAAGAAGAACGAUAACGGGGUGAAGAAGAAGAAAACGAGAACCACCUUCACCGCCUUCCAACUCGAAGAGCUCGAGCGUGCUUUCGAACGCGCCCCCUACCCGGACGUCUUCGCCAGAGAAGAGCUCGCCCUCAAACUGAACCUCAGCGAGUCCCGAGUCCAAGUUUGGUUCCAGAACAGACGAGCCAAGUGGAGAAAGCGCGAACCACCCCGCAAGACAGGCUAUAUCAGCUCCACGUCCCCCAGCUCAAGCAUCACGACCAACUUCAGCAAUCCCAUACCCUUCACCCAGCCGAACACCCUCACCACCUCCGCGCCAGUGGACUCGUGGAGCUACCAGUCAUCCUACGACCUAGGCUCCCAUCUCAACCUACUUAACAGCACGUCCGGCUCGUACUCCAGCUUCGGCUCUCCUGCCUCUUAUUCCAGCUUCGGCUCUGCCCAAAACAGCUACAGCUACAUGCUGAACUCGCACGAUAGUCAGCUGUUCAACGCUCCCAUCCGCGCGCACGAGUACUCCACGCCGCCAGCCAAUCACAGCCCGCCUUUAGGGCGAGAGUACUCGAUGCUGCAGACGCAUUCGCCUCCCGCUGACGAGAACUCCAUAGGCGUUAAGAUCGAGUACGUGGACCAUAACGUUCUUGGUCAGUCGCCCGAGUGGUACGAGAACGGAUCCCCGAAGCACGACCAGGGGUACCACGACGAUGGGAGGAUGAAGGAGUUGAAGCCUGAAGGCGGCAAUGGUGGACAAACGUAUGUUACUCUGCCCCCUUUUCGGAACUAGCCAAGCUUGUUAACAAGCGUUACUUUUAGAUAUAUUGACGGUUUUGUAAAUAGAAUAAGUAGGCUAGUAUUUGAAGAGGAGCACUAGGAUCAAAAAGUGUCCAGAGUCUGCUAGGCAGUUUCUUCCAUUUGCUCACUGAAGUGCCAGUGAUAUAGAGAUAUGUGUAAAUGAAGCUGAGGGAGCACUGUUAUCAAAAUAAUUUGUACAUAAAUUCGGAUUUUAAUAAUUCGUAGAUUAAUUAGACAAUUGAGGCAAGAGGUUUUUCUAAUGUUUUCAAAAUAUUCGGUAUAUUGUUUUAUCUAUAAGUUUUCAUAAUAUGAAUAUUUUCUUCUUGUGAAAUAUAACUUGAUGGAAGCAGCAUACUCAAUGUGUAAAUAUUUUGGAAUUUCAAUAAUAUCUCAAAUUUCAAACAGUUAAUUUCUAUAGGGAUUUUGAAAGCUGAAAAAUUUUUCAUACACAUAUACCAAUUUUCUCCCAAACGGACAAAAUUUAUAGAUUCAGAAAUUAAACUAUUUUUCUAUUGAGAGAAUUCGAUUCAAACUCACAAAUCAUCUAAAGGAACAAUUCGUUCAGGCCAGUCUUACCUCACCUACACAGUAGGUUCAUGAACUGAAACCUAUAGGAAACAACUAUUUCCCUGGCUUAUACCACGAAGGGUGUUGGAUUAUAUCCGACAGGUGUCAGAGC